AAACUUUUUUCCCUGGCUCUGCCCCGGGUUUCCCCUUGAAGGGAUUUCCCUCCGCCUCUGCAGCAAGACCCUUUAUAAGAAGCAGACUUUCUAUUUCACUCCUCACGAGCCUCACUGGCUUUAGAGGCUGAAGACUCUUCCCAGGCACUUUCAGGUGGAGCGGAAAUAAGGGUUUUGGAACCAUUAUUUUCUCAUCACAGCGGCAACUUAAAAUGCCUGGGAGGAUGGUCGUGAUCUUUGGAGCCUCAUAUAUGCUUUGGAUAGUGUUUGCAGCUUCUCAAGCUUUUAAAAUGGAGACCACUCCUGAAUCCAGAUCUCUUGCUCAGAUUGGUGACUCCGUCUCAUUGACUUGCAGCACCACGGGCUGUGAGUCUCCGUCUUUCAUGUGGAGAACCCAGAUGGACAGUCCGCUGUAUGCGAGUGUGAGGAGUGAGGGGACCAACUCCACGCUGACCAUGAAUCCUGUUAGUUUUGAGAACGAACUCUCUUACCUGUGCAUGGCAUUUUGUGGAUCUGAGAAACUGGAAAAAGGAAUCCGGGUAGAGAUCUACUCUUUUCCUAAGGAUCCAGAGAUUCAUUUCAGUGGCCCUCUGGAGGCUGGAAAGCCGGUCAUAGUCAAGUGUUUGGUCCCUGAUGUAUACCCGUUUGACAGGCUGGAAAUAGAUUUAUGGAAGGGAGACCAUCACAUGAAGAGUCAGGCCUUUGUAGAGGAUGUGGAAAGGAAGUCCCUCGAAACCAAGAGUGUGGAAGUAACCUUUACUCCUAUCAUCGAGGAUACUGGAAAAGCUCUUGUUUGCCGAGCUAGAUUACACAUCGAUGAAAUUGAUUCUGUGCCCAAAGAAAGGGAGACUACAAAAGAACUGCAAGUCUACAUCUCACCCCAAAAUACAGUUAUCUCUGUGAAUCCCUCCACAAGGCUGCAAGAAGGUGGCUCUGUGACAAUGACAUGUUCCAGUGAGGGUCUACCAGCUCCACAGAUUUUCUGGAGCAAGAAAUUAGACAAUGAAAAUCUACAGCCCCUUUCUGACAAUGCAACUCUCACUUUAAUUGCUAUGAGAAUGGAAUAUUCUGGAAUUUACGUGUGUGAAGGAGUUAAUCUGAUUGGGAAACACAGAAGCGAGGUGGAAUUAGUUGUUCAAGAGAAACCAUUUACUGUUGAGAUCUCCCCUGGUCCCCAGAUUGCUGCUCAGAUUGGGGACUCAGUUGUGUUGACAUGUGGUGUCACAGACUGCGAGUUCCCGUCUUUCUCUUGGGAAACCCAGAUAGACAGCCCUCUGCGUGAGAAUGUGAGGAGUGAGGGCACCAAGUCCACGCUGACUCUGAGCCGUGUGAGCUUUGCAAACGAACGCUCUUACCUGUGCACAGUGACCUGUGGACAUAAGAAACAGAAAAAGGGGAUCCAUGUGAAGCUCUACUCAUUCCCUAGCGAUCCGGAAAUUGAGAUGAGUGGUCCGCUAGUGAAUGGAAGUCCCGUCACUGUAAGCUGCAAGGUUCCUAAUGUGUACCCUUUUGACCGGCUGGAGAUUGAAUUACUUAAGGGGGAGACUAUUCUGGAAAAUAAAAACUUUUCAGAGGGAGAGGAUGGGCAAUCCCUAGAGACCAAAAGUUUGGAAAUGACCUUCAUCCCCACCACUGAAGAUACUGGAAAAGUUCUUGUUUGUCGGGCUAAGUUACAUAUUGAUGAAAUGGAAUUUGAACCCAAACAAAGGCAGAGUACACAGACACUUUAUGUCAAUGUUGCCCCCAGAGAUAUAACUGUCUUGGUCAGCCCAUCCUCCAUCCUGGAGGAAGGCAGUUUUGUGACCAUGACAUGCUCCAGCGAUGGCCUUCCAGCUCCGAAAAUCCUGUGGAGCAGGAAGCUAAAUAAUGGGGCUCUUCAGCCUCUUUCUGAGAAUGCAACUCUUACCUUAAUUUCUACAACAAUGGAAGAUUCUGGAAUUUACGUGUGUGAUGGGAUUAACCAGGCUGGAAUAAGCAGAAAAGAAGUCGAAUUAAUUAUCCAAGUUGCUCCAGAAGACAUAAAACUUACAGCUUUUCCUUCUGAGAGUGUCAAAGAAGGAGACACUGUCAUUAUCUCCUGUACAUGUGGAAAUGUUCCAGAAACAUGGAUAAUCCUGAAGAAAAAAGCAGAGACAGGAGACACAGUGCUAAAAUCUAUAGAUGGCGCAUAUACCAUCCGCAAGGCCCAGUUGGAGGAUGCAGGGGUUUACGAAUGUGAAUCUAAAAAUGAAAUUGGCUCAAAAUUAAAAAGUUUAACACUUGAUGUUAAAGGAAGAGAAAAUAACAGGGACUAUUUUUCUCCUGAACUUCUCGUGCUUUAUUGUGUAUCCUCCUUAAUAAUACCUGCCAUCGGAAUGAUCAUCUACUUUGCAAGAAAAGCCAACAUGAAAGGGUCAUACAGUCUUGUAGAAGCACAGAAAUCAAAAGUGUAGCUAAUGUUUGAUAUGUUCAACCAGAGACACUAUUUAUCAGUCCAAAUCUUUAAUACUGCUCAUCAUUCCAUGAGAAAAACAAUGAGCUUGGAGUUCAGACUUCCCUGAAUGAAUUGAACAUGGAAAUAAAUGGCCACCUUUGCCCCUUGCUGUCAGCAAAAAGCCACAGGAAAACUUUCUGCCUGAAAAACAAUCAUUGCUAUUGAGAUACUGUGACUGGAGGAGUUCCUUGAUGUGUAUAGAUAAUAACACAAUCUGUAUAUAUGUAGAAUAAAAUUAUGCCAUAGCAAAGUUGCCUGGUUAAAAUAAGAUGGUUAAAAUAAUUAAAUACUGUUGCUUGUACUGACUGUUAUAAUUUAAUGCAUCUUAGGAAAAUUUAACAUUAAUAUUGGCUGACAGUUGGCCUUUGUCAUUUUUCUUAUAUUUUAUUUCCUUUAACAAAAUUUUAUUAUUAUAAAUUUCAUUGAAAAUAAUUUCAUGUUUUGUAAAGAUGCCAAGGUUUUAUAUUUUUAUAGGCAAAUAAUAAAUAGAGAGAGCACUAGGUUGACUUUUGGGUACUAAAUACCUCAACCUAUGAUAAGACGGUUGGCUGUGUUUCUUUCUCUGUAUGGUACUGGCAUGGUACGGAGAUGUUGCAUGAUAUUUGUUUAUCAGAAUCUUGUAUAACUUUCCAAAUAUGGUCUAAAAAUGAAACUUUUUUUCAUUUUCCUUUGUAAAUGUUUAGAUUUCUUGCACAGUAAAAUUGUAAUUUCUGGAAUU